AUGAAGACUUUUAAGUAUUGUCUUAGUUUUCCCAGAUCUUUCCUUUUCCCUGCUUUUCUCAUAUGUCUUUAUCGAACGUCACUAAAAGAUUACGAAUUCCUUGUUAAACUGUUCGGUGAGUUUCAUGAUGAUACUUUGAAAAGUCAGUUGAUAAAUGAAUGGGAAAAACUUCAGUCGAUACAAAACAAUGAAGAGUACUUCGAGUAUGACGACAGCGACGAUAAACUUGCUAGAAAUCAACAACACACUCAAAUUGAAGAAGCUUUAGAAGAAAUUCUUAGAGAAAAAGCAAGAGGUUGGUAUCAUGACUUACAAAAUAAAACGGGACCUGUAUACGAAAAAGCCAAUAAUAAACUUCAAGAAAUAAAGAAAAAAUAUUUUACAACAGCAAAUUUAUUUUCUAAAACAUCUUUAAGUUUGAUCGGCUUCAAGUACGUUAUCAACAACUGGUCCACUCUGAGGUCCACUGAUCGUGUGUAUAAGCCUCUGGAUGUUGUCUGGGCAUCAAUAAAAGAAGAUCCGGUUGAAAUAUCUUCAGCUGUACUGAAAGUUUUGGUGUUAGUGCUUGCUAUAUGUGCAAUUUUUAUCCCGGUGCCGCCCAUUAUUGCACUUUCUGGUUCUAUAUUAUUAAUUUCUGUUACAUCCGCAGUUGCUACAAGUAAUAUUGUUCAUGAAUAUGAUUCGUACGUAGCAAACUUAAUCAACCAAGAAAUGGCUGAAGUUCAUAAAAGUUUAACAUCAUUAAAGAACUUUAUACAACAACGUUGGGGAGAAGCAAAAGAUGAUGAAGAUAGACCAUCAGAAAGUGAAAACAAACAAGCCAACAACGAAGCAUCAUCUUCUAACGAAUCUGCCGCCAAAACCCCAACAACACAAAUGGGUGAUUUUAAUUAUAUAUUUACAAUAAAACAAGAAAAAUGA